AUGAUUAUUUUUUAUUUUAAUAAUAAUAAUAAGACGCUUGCAGGAAUAGGAACGGUAUCAGGACCGGCUGUUCAGAUUGAUGUUGUAGAAAUAACUCAACAAGGUAACAAAAACAAUCAAAUAAUAAAAGUUGCGCAGGAUAUUGAUGAUAUUAACUUCGACAAAGUUGAUUUAUUGGAUAAUAGCGUUUCGCCUAAUAAAGAUGGUAAUCAGGGAUUCUUAAUAGAAUUUAUAUAUAAUUGCACUAUUAAUAGCGAUCUAACAUUUAGUCCAAAGAAUGCAUAUAAAGAAAGGGCAAUGAAAAUAGCAUUGAUAUCAAAUUCAGCAUGCACAUUACCAACACUUUUAGUAGCUAAACAAGAUAAAGAAAGGAGAAUAAAUGGUGCAAUAAUAAUGGCUGACGCUCUUUAUAGUGAUGAACCGAAAAUACCACCUGACACGUUUGAUUUUCCAAUAGUUUAUCUAUCUGAUCCUGAUGACGUGUCGAAAAUAAAAAAUUAUUUGGAAAGCCAGGAUAGAGACGUUAAUAAAACUACCAUUAACAAUGAUAACAUUCAUAGUGAACAAAAUCAAACAAUAUCUUAUCGCGUUAGAGCUAUUUUAGUUCCCAAAACUAGUUUGUUUCCUGGAAUAUGGGAAUUCACUUUAAUUGUUGUUGUCGUAUUAUUAGCGAUUUCUUUUCUCACAUCAGUUGCAAUGCAUUGUCAUCUUUUUAGGCUUAGGAGGAGACAAAGACGUCGAGAGGCGAAUUCGGUACCAUUUUCGCAUGAAAUGAAAAUGACGACUUUAAAUUCUGAUAUAUUAAACACGUUUCCUAUUAGACUUUACAAAAACUCGUCUAAAUUAACUACAAACGACGAUAAAUCUGCUGGAAUUAUUCAACAGACUACAUUAGGUGAUGAUGGUAGUGAUAAUGUUAACGGUAUUGAAAAUAAACCAAUAUCUUUGGCUACAGAGUUGGCAGAAGGGUCAGGAAUACAUGGACUUGCAGUGAUAGACGAGACACAAGUAUCAUCAUAUUCGCCAACACUUUGCGCUAUAUGUUUGGAGGAUUUUGAUGAUGGUGACGAACUUCGAUUUUUACCGUGUAAACAUGAAUAUCAUGCUGAAUGUAUUGAUCCAUGGCUUAUAGAAAAAUCAUCAUUAUGUCCGUUAUGUAAAUUUGAUUGUGCACCAGAUUAUACCAAGCAUAGUAAUCAAUAUCAACAACAAAAUCAUGAAUCAGAUGCUGAUUCGUCAAUGUUGGAUGAUAAUUUCCUGGUAGCGGCAAUGUUAGCAUGGGGUCCAGUAGCAUUAAUUAGAGGAAUAUGGUCACGGUGGAGGAGGAAUAGAAGAAGGCGUCGAGUUGUGGAUAAUUUUGAUGAUCUUACAAAUAGAAGUAGUGAUAGUGGUGUUGAUAGUAGUGAUGAUUCAAGAGUUGAAAUUAUUAAUGUUCCACCUCCAACGCCAAUUUCAUUACACUAA